CGACUCCUUUCGUUACCGGACCACCGUGAGUGUUAUAGUCGACCAGCAUGUGCGAAUGUUGGUCCGAUAGCGAAAUCGCGAGAAACUUGGCACUCGGUUAAUGUCGUUCGUAAUGGACCGCUACACCGAUCCGUCGCACUGUGCCACUAUCGAGCCGACCAUCGCCCUGGUAACUGUCGCCCGACCGCUCCGGGAGGGUUAGUGUGUGUGUUCUCCGUGAGCAGUGUGCGCAACAACUGGAGUCCCUUUCUGUGGGGGCCCCCUCCCAACGUCCCGUCCACAUCCGCCGGUGAAGUGUGACGCUAUGGACUAACGUCGUGCUGGUGGGCCAAUCUCGCUGUGUGCGUUUGGCUUUGUGCCCGAAAAGGUCGACAACGGAUAGGCGCUUCCAGAUCGACAACGACGGUUCACAGUUUAUCGCAAACGAACCCGCCGUCCCAAGGACACACCGGUUUCGGUGUAGGUCGUCAGAACGUCGGAACGAAUGAGGAGUAGCUGCAACAUGCAACGGCGAGGCACUGCAUCAGGUGCGAUUUUAUCGCAACAACAUCACCCACUGCCAAGAGACCCGCCGUCGACGGUUACGACGGCAGCGGUGGUGCUUUCGCAGAGUAAAGACAAUGCAACCGGAAGGCAUGGCCAUCUGAGGAAAUCAUCCGCAGAUUCCAGCUCCGGUGGUAUCGGUGGCGUCGGAGGUACGGGCAAAAGGUCACACGGUUCCGUCGCUAGUAGCAACAACAACCAUAGCAGCAUCAACAGCCAGGCCCAUCACCGGGACACUGACCUAGACGACGCGAGCAACGGUGGCAUGGGAGGUUCCCGGGCGGCCGGCUCUGGCGGCGGCAAGGAUAAGGACGAGGAUGAUAUCUACGAGUUUAAAUCCACCCCGAAGGACUCCAGCUCGAGCUCGAGCGAUGAGAAAGAGAGUAGUGCCGGUGGAGCCACCAAGAAGGGCGAUAAAGCGAGCGAAGAGAAACACUCGUCGGGAGGUGGCCAUCACGACGGUGUUACGCAUUUAGGGCAGAAGACGCACGACGAUAGGACGGUGGCGUCCAAGGAGCACGACGAAAAGCGUGGACUACACGCGCAUCUGGGUGAUGGACAAUCGAAAGCCAGUGCUUUGGGUCAUGCGGAUGGUAAGGCGAUGGGUUCGACGACGAACGCAGCAGGCAGUGAUCGACUAUCGAUAGUUUCUUCGUCCGGUUCCGGUGUACCCAAGCGUCCGUACUCGGAGAUGGCAGACUGUGGCGACGAGUCGGGCCUGCUGCAGAACGAGGAAGAAACGAGGCGCAAAAAGCGCAAGGACGUUGACCCGCUUGGCGGCAUUAAGGAAGCAUCCGUUGGCUCACUGUCCGGGACGUCCGGGGGUGGAAAAUCGGGCGUAGGUGGUCGAGGGGCGACACCACGCCAGGAAAAGGGUUCCAGGGGUGGGACACUAUCGUCGAAGGGUUUGGGUUUGUCGGCCAAAAAUGCGCUCGAUCGCAAGAGCCCCUGUGCCAGCCCCAAACUUCAACCCGGGUCGUCCGUGGCCGCAGCGGUUGGUGAGAGGAACGCGGCCGGGAGUGGAGCCACCGGAGCGGUUGCGGGACAGCAGGGUGCAGGCGGUAAUGUGUCAACCGGUGUCGGAGGGUCGGCUUCGUCGUCGUCCAGUGGCAAAGGUUUUUCCGGCACGAGUAGUAGCAACGAUAGCGAUGGGGAGAGUGGAGGAUUAGGGGGCACGGGGGCCGAUGAUGGACUGAGCGGUGGAAAGGGGAAUGAUUCUGGCUUUGGUGGUGGUUCCGUUGGUGGUCCGAAGGUUCCACCGUUGAAGAUCGUCAUUCCACAGCAGAAUGCGGGAGGUGAUGCGGAAACCGGUGGAAUUACUAGAACCGGGAAGAAUGCGUCCACCAGGAAUCAUGCCGCCUUGCCGUAUGUCGUGGCAUCUUCAAACAGCAAUGAUUCAACGGCGGACAAAGAAAGCACCUCCUCGCGUAGUGCAAGUCCGGCUGAUUCGAAAAGCUCGGACGAAAAGAACCCCUCCCAGGCGGCAAAGGAUGAACGCACGCAGCAGCGUGUCCUCCGUAGCUCGCACCGCGGUGGCAAUAGCAACAGCUCGUUGAAGGACGGUUCCGUGGACCGUUCGAACAACUCUUCGCCGCAGAUGCAGCAGCAAAGCUGUCUAUCUCCUUCGCCGCAUUCGAACAGUGGCUGCGAAACGGGUGGAAGUGGAGCUGGAGCUGCCACGAGCCAGGGAGCAGCCGGUAAUAGGUCAAACAGUCCUAACACGGGUGCUUCUGGAGCGGCUGCAGCUGGUGAGACGGAGAACAGUGGUGGUGUUAACCCGAAGAGUCCUUCCGGUGCUUCCACCGCUGCCGGUAGUGCGUCUGUGGAGGGUUCCGGCCCGGCAGGAGGGAACACCGAAGGUGGUCGUUCGACAGGUAGCGGUUCGAAUGGAAACGCAUCUGGCCAGUCCGGUAGUGGCUCUGGUACCGCAGCGGGAGCUUCCGGAAACUCAUCAGCGUCGUCAACGUCUUCGUCCUCAUCGUCAACCUCGGAUUCAUCCGUCCAUCCUCGCAAGCGUAAGAUAAAGAACAAUAAAGAACAGGCGUCGUCCGGUGGUACAAAUGCGUCCGGUGCGAACGCAACGGCUUCCGGUGCCGGUGGUGGUGGUUCCACAUCCUCCGGUACAGCCGCGACGGCCAGUACCAGCAGCGGGGGCGGGGCGGGAACAUCCGGCGAAGACAAAAAAGAGGGUAGCCGCGAGGAAACACCCGACGUACACCCACACGAUCAACCGAUCACCAACUGCUACCAGAUGUACUUGAACAUUCGCAAGCAGAUCGAGCGGCGCCAGCGGGGUCUGUUUCCGGUGCAGCCGAAACCGCCGCAGGGCUUCAAGGACUACCUGAUGAACCGGUGCACGUACGCACUGGCCGGGAAGAUGCCCGCGGAACCCCUCAUUCAGGUGCCCGUGUCGCUGCCGCCCACGUUGAGGGAGCUCUUUCACGGGCAGGAGAAAGAGCGCCACAAGCUCAAGAUGCAGCAUAUCGUCGAGAAGGAGAAACUUGUGCUGGCGGUGGAGCAGGAGAUCCUGCGAGUACAUGGACGGGCGGCCCGGGCCCUAGCCAACCAGUCGGUGCCGUUCUCUGUUUGCACGAUCCUAAAGGACGAAGAGGUGUACAACAUCAUUACGCCCGAGCAGGAGGAAAAGGAUCGGAAUGCACGCAGCCGGUACAAUGGACGGCUGUUUCUGAGCUGGCUGCAGGAUGUGGACGACAAGUGGGAGAAAAUAAAGGAGGCGAUGCUGCUGCGCCACCACAACGAGGCAGAAAGUCUGCACGCGGUACAGAGGAUGGACUGGGAGUUUAACAUGAAGGAGCACGCGCUCUGUGAGUUCAAGGCAAAACCGAUCAUCGACGAUACGUACGUUCCGAUGGUGAAUGUGAACGAUGAUUUUGAUCUGCUGCCCGCAUAAAGGGAACGGGGUAUAGGGCGAUACUAUAUAGGACGUAUACUUACAAUAUCACCUAUCGUGGCUGAUCGAUAGCGAUUUUUUUUUUACAUAAAUCAUACAAAUAAAUGUAUUAAACCAUA